AUGAGCAUCCGGAUGAUUGCCGAGGCUGUAAACGCCGAUAAAGAAACGGUUAGAAAAAUUUUACAUGAGGAAUUACAUAUGACAAAAGUCUGUGCGAAGUUGGUGCCAAAAAACCUGACUCCUGACCAAAAGUUCUUGCGUCAACAGGUCUGCUCAGAUUUCCUUGAAAAGUUAAAAGAAGAUCCCGGACUGAUGAAAAACAUUAUAACUUGCGACGAAACAUGGAUUUUUCAAUACGAUGUUGAAACAAAGCGACAAUCGAUGCAUUGGAAGACACCUGAAUCGCCCAGAAUCAAAAAAGCAAGGAUGUCCAAAUCAAAAUUUAAGGCAAUGUUGAUCGUUUUUUUUGACAUUAACGGUAUCGUGAUGACUGAAUGGGUUCCAGAGGGUCAGACUGUCAACCAGAUUUACUAUUUAUCAGUUUUGGCAACAUUGCGAGAAAGAAUUCGUAAGAAACGGCCCGAGUUGUGGAAGAACAACUCGUGGUUUUUGCACCAGGACAACGCACCUGCCCAUAAAUAA